AUGGAAACAAAAGUAAUCUACUUCACGGUGAACGGGAGACCGGAGCAGGCGGAGUUCCCGGUUGAUUGUCCGGCUCAGGACGUCAAAGAUCUGUUCCGCUCUGCCGCCGAGGCCGGACCCCAUGACAUCCUGAAACUGUACAACCCUAAAGGCAACAUCAUCAACAUUUCUCCGAGCCUUGAACCCAACAGCCCCAACCUGUGCUACAAGCUGGAGGUGGUGGCUGCCGACUGUAACAGUGAGCUGUUAGGUGCCGAGCUUGCUGGUGCACUAGGAUUUGACCUGUCAUCCAUGGAAAAAAGACUGCAGGGCCUGGAGAAGAAAAUCCUCAUCGAGGCUGGCGAGACGCCUGCAGUUGUGUAUGAGAUGAAGAAGCAGGUGGAUUCAUUCAGAGAGAAACUGGAGAGUGUGGAGCAUCUAAGCUGGCUGGGGCUGUUCAAAGAUCUCUCGGAGGGAACCCACAAGCCCUCACCGUUCUACCACAAAAGGACGCUGCGUAAAACCAGGGAAGAGUGUGAACAUGUGCGGGAAAAGUUCCUGCAAAUGAGCACUUUGGAGGUAUCUGAGGAAGUGAGGCAGUACCUGAAGACGCCAACCUUUGAUAACUGGCAGUGGGAGGAUGCAGAGAUUAUGGUGCUCCUGCAAGUCAUGUACACAGAUUUAGACUUUAUACCAACCUUCAACAUCGAGCCCGAAGUCUUGCAGCAGUUUCUGUUCGAAAUCUAUCGCAGAUACAACAACAUCCCUUUCCACAACUUUAAACACUGCUUCUGUGUGACCCAGAUGAUGUAUGGUUUGAUCUGGCUGACUGACCUGAGGAGUAAGAUGGACAGCAUUGACCUGCUGAUUAUGCUGACCUCUGCAGUCUGCCACGACCUCGACCACACGGGAUACAACAAUGCCUAUCAGAUAAACGCUCAGACUGAACUCGCUCUGCGCUACAAUGACAUCUCUCCUCUGGAGAACCACCACUGUGCUGUAGCUUUCGAGAUACUGGAGAGGACAGAGAGCAACAUCUUCAGGAAUCUGUCCACGGAUCAGUACAAACGGAUACGAGAGGGGAUCAUCAAAUGCAUUCUGGCCACCGACAUGUCGAGGCACAAUGAGGUUCUCAACAAGUUCAAGUCCAUCCUUCCAGUGUUUGACUUCACCAACAAGGACCACAGAGACGUGCUAAUGACGAUCCUGAUCAAAGUGAGCGACAUAUCCAACGAGGCCCGGCCCAUGGAGGUGGCUGAGCCCUGGCUGGAUUGUCUUUUACAGGAAUUCUUCAACCAGAGUGAUGUGGAGAAGUUGGAGGGCCUUCCCGUUACCCCCUUUAUGGACCGGGAUAAAGUUACCAAACCUUCAUCUCAAACAGGCUUCAUCAGAUUUGUUCUUCUGCCUCUCUUCAUCGAGCUGGCCAACCUCUUCCCCUGCCUGGAGCAACACAUUAUUGAUCCCGUCCGGAAAGCUCUCGACUACUACACAGAGAUGGAGAAAGCUCUGGAGACGGAGCAGCAGAACCGGGCUCAGAGCGAGAACGCAGCCAAGAGCAAGGAGGCAGCGGGAGGCCGACAAGACAGCCAGACGGACGCCGGGCCAGACACCUCGGAACCAGAGUCACAGUUAACAUGAAUGAUUUCAUAUCAGUUCACUGUCAUAUUGAUUAUUUGGUGGACUAAACG